GCACGGCUCAGUAUACUGCGUGGCAGCCUGGACCGCAGGCGCCUCCAGUCGAGGGCGCGUAGUUCGCGGUUGCGUGUCUGUGCGGACGCACACCAGUGUGCUUCCAACGAAAAGCGCCUGUACCGUGCUUUUUGGGACGCACUCACUUUUCCACCGUGCGCGUAGUUUGUCGCUCGAAACCGACGUCUCGCCUGCGGUUCAAUUCCACGCCAAUCAAUCGAAACUUUGUAUUCGCGAGUCGUCAAAUUCCUACUGGAAGCGAUAAAGGACAUUCGAUAAACAAACGGAAUUAUCGAGAAUCCGUUUCGAAACUUGGUAUCACCUGCGACCCAGCAGCGACUGAUUGCCAGCUCGGCUCGAUUUCAUUCGCGUCUGUCUAAAGAAGAUGGAACUACCUCCGAGUCGGUUUAAAAGACGCGAUUCCAGUGAUCAUGGCGUUGAAACAGUUGCACGAAAUUGAUCGUCAUUGGUCGAGAAUCGAUCGACGGCGACAUUCGUGAAAGUCAUGGGUACUCGUCUCUCAAUCAGGUCGACUGAACGCGGUUGCCCAGCCGUCUGAAUAUCGUCUGUAACGUUUACACGCGGAUGCUGCUGCUGGUUCCGAUUUGUGGUGCACCGACCAGUCGCGCUUGUGUGUGCCGUGUACGCGGAAGAUGUACAACGCAUAGACCGUUGCUGUGAUACGCUGUCCCGCGCGGUUCUUUGCUGUCGCUGCUUCCAAGUGGCUGGUACACGGCGUUUGUGGCCAAAAGAGUAAAGAGAUUAGCGGACAGACAGAAAGACAGGGAGAGGAACAAAGGGAAAGAUAUAGCGUGCUCGGGGAGAGGGAACGGAAGAAGAGAGAAAGAGGGAGCCUGGAGAGAGUAAUGAUCGUGACGACGGUCGUACGGACAAAUGAACACCUCGGCACAGCGUUUGGGAUAUUCCAAAGAUGUGAGGAAUGAUCACGUGGGUGAUGGUCGGGCUGCUCCUGGCUGCGGAAACUUGCGGCAGAAACGUCCUCUCCGGAAACGGAAACGGAAAGGAGGAGUCGAAGCAGAAGGACGGGCUGAAGGGAGUCACGACAGAAGAAGAAGACAUCUACCGUCUAACGUGCUACACUUGCGUCAACGUCAGCGAUAACCAGAUGUGCAACGAAUGGGCGAUAGAUACACCGUGUCCGGCGGGUGGCCGAGACUUUUGCAGAUCGCUGCACAUUUUGGACAGCCGGGGAAAUAGCGUCUUGGUGAGCAAGAGCUGCGUGAGUAGCGCGGAAUGCGGACCUGCCUCGGUCGGUUGCAUCCCAGUGGACACGCAGCAGAUCUGCAUCAGCUGCUGCGAUCUGAGUUACUGCAACAUCGAGUCGCCUACCAACGCCACCAACGCCAUUUUCUCGCGCAAACGGCGCGCCAAAUCGAAGUCGAAACGCAAACGACCCGGUAGAAACGGGGUCGAGGGCAGCCGAUUCUACGGGGGCGGCGCACUCUGGCUCAUGGCCUCACUCUUCUAUGCAUAUCAUUGCUGAGGAAGCAGCACCACGGAAGAAUCUCUAGUUAGAAGACAUCAGCCGUGCACCAGGCAGCUCGGGAAUUAUCCCCCACCGGAGUUACGAUUCGAGAAUAUAAAACGCGUUUUUUCGCAAUCCAUCUAUUUCUUAUCGAACGAAGCGACUCUAGUCCUACUUGUAUACUCUCAUCUCUUCUCGACUGAUAGCAUAUCCUGUCAUUGUUACACCUACACUUUCCAUGUUUCGAACGUUUAGAAAGUCCUCGAGUCCUAAGGAAAAAUUAUUCGUAAAAGUACUCGCGACUCCGUGCUUCUCGAGUCGAAGCUUUGGGAAAAUCUGUGUUCUAUUAAUCAGCUUCCACCGUCUCGUCUCUGUUUUUCGAUGGUGUGAAGUAAAUCGCGAAUCGUGUACUAUUAUCGCGCGAGCGAGUGUUUUUGCGUAAGAUAAGCUAGGGAAAUUAGAAGCCUGUUCGUCUUUCUCUUCGUUGACAGAUUCGAAGAGUACGAACUCGUCUCCCGAAGAGAGAGAGAGAGAGAGAGAUGUCGCCAGGAUCCUCCGGGAGAAUCCUGCGCUGUCUGAAGCAUGUAUAGUUAACGGAGGGCCGUUUUAAAGACUCUCAGUGAUGGAAAAAGGAAUUGUUCUCUUCUCGUAGUAGCGUAGUUGCCUAUGCCUUGUUAGAAAACGAAAAGAAAAAUGAAAAAAUGAAAAUACACACACACACAAGGCGAAACUAAGAUGUAAGUUCGAGUUUACGGAUUAAACUUUCUACAGAGUUGCAGUGCCAAAGCGAGCGAGGAAAAUUCAAAUACCUUCCAUACAGCUGAUUUUACAGGGGCAUUUCAUUUUCGAUCGAGAACAGUCAACGCUGAUAUAUAUUAGGGGGUGAAGAUCCGUAUUGUUUUUCGUGUUUUAAAGGCCCUGAUUCGACACGCGGAAUUUCAUUUCGACUCCUCGAGGUGGAAAAAAGAGCGAGACGCGGGAAGACAAAUGAAACGUUUGCUGCUUGUUCCCUGCUGAUUCAUUCUGAAUUUCAGUACCUGCUGGAGCAACGAUCGAUCGUUGUCCUCAAGGCACUUGCUCACUGAAGCCGCGAAUUCCCCGUACGAUUCACGACCAUGUGUUUCAUUCGACAAAUAAAAUAACAAACCUUUUCUAUUACUUCCUUUCUACGGUUUUUUCGUUCGCGACUCGACGAGUACACCGUCAGACCUAAUUUACUUGGACAUCGAUCUCUCGGUCGAAUGUUUAACUAGUCCUGCGGAACAAUCGAGUUUUUCGUUUUCUUCGAGUCGGAGAAGCGAAUGUUGAUUUACAUGGAAAGUUCUUAAUUAAUUAAGUUGCUCGCGCGCAACUUCAAAGAAAUCGCUAAUUAUGUAUCCGAGGCGAAAAGAAGUUCCUAAUUAUUCCCACGUAAUAAUAUUACUUCUAUCGUAUCAUCUUAUUUUUCCGUAAUAACACUUCUCUUGUGUUAAUAAAGCGUUAAUUAUCCUAAUUGUCAAUUCAUUUGAUAAAACGAGAACGCGAUAGUUUCCUUUAGUUGGAUAUUUGAACCAGCCAGUUUGCAGAAUUUAUGACAAAGAGAAGAAAAUCUGGCGCUAAAAGCGAGAUUAGAUUCGUUCGAAAAUCAAUUUCCACUCGACUCUUAUCGUUCAAUCGUCGAACAGAAGCAAGAACCGUUCAGUUUCCGUGGAUAUCGGGUUUCUUAAGAAAAGCUGAGAAAAAAAAAGAAAGAGAAAACAUUGGAAUAUCGCGGCACGCUAGCAAAUCGUGGAGUUUGCUCUUGCCCGCAGUUUGACAAAUAGAUAUGCAAAUCAUAAAUUAUGCGAACGGGACGUACGCGGGAUUUGAAUUAUCGAUAAACUGGAAUUACGCGUACCUAAAAGCUGUUUACAUACCUACAAACUCGCCUACUACAGACUAUUUACUGCUAUUACAAUUAUUAACAAUUAUACACAUAAAUAAAUAAAUAAAUAAAUAAAUAUAUAAAUGAAUAAAUGAAUAUAUAUUAUGAUAUAGAAAUUAUACAUUGUUUCGGCAUGAAGAUGUAAGAAUACUGUUGGUAAUGAAAUAAAGAAGACUAUAAUUGUCAGACUGUCACACAAUGGAA